AGUGUUUGGGGCAACAGAAAAAAACCCAACACUUAAGAAGGAGGGAAGCUAAAGAAAAAGAAGGAGGGAAGAAUAGCGAGUGAAAAACAGACAGAAAGUCUAAAGGCAGGAAAGGAGAAGCAAGCGGAGAAAACUCUCUCUAGGAGUCACUGUGUAACCAAGAUUUAAAUCCUCUCUGGACUUGACAUUGAAUCACACGCAAGCUGUACAGAAGAGGCAGAUAAAUACCCUGGACUAUCGGCAUAUUAGCCCUGAAUUAGGGCAACGGGGGCCCCCAGGUGGGGGGAUUUUGGAACCAGCAAAGAUCAGUCAGAGGGAGAGAACCAGAAUAUAUGUCUAAUCACAGAAAGUGCCUAUUGGAGCAUCAAGCAAAGGCAGAAAACAAGACUGGACUCCAAACUAGCAGCAUGUUGAGCUGGAAACUACCUCGAUUACUGACCAUCCAACAAGUACCCAAAGUGUUUCAUGAAGACAGCAUCAUCUGUGGGUAUCGCUCACCAUGUAGCUCAGCCACAGCCUGCAUUCUAAGCCUUUUCCAAAUGACCAAUGAAACCGUUAAUAUCUGGACCCAUUUCAUACCCACCUGGUACUUCCUAUGGAAGAUGUUGUCCUUCUUGUAUUCGGGUUUUUGGGAUGACCCAUUCUUGUGGCCUCUCCUUGUAUACCAGCUGUCCUGCUGUAUCUAUCCUCUGAUGUCUACUUGUGCUCACACAUUCAGUGUCAUGUCCACCAAAGCUCGACAUAUCUGCUUCUUCUUGGAUUAUGGAGCUGUCAGUCUGUACAGCCUAGGGGCAGCCAUUGCUUACUCUGCAUAUGUAUUCCCAGAUCGAUGGGUGGGUGGCACUUUCCAUCGCUGGUAUGUUUUCUGUGCCGUGAUGAACACCGGUAUCUGCACUGCGCUGGCUUGCUAUUCCAGGCUAGGUGUUCCAGUCCUGCAUUAUAACCAGCUCGUGAUAGAAAGGAUUCCAGAGGUGGCACGCCCUCGGCUCAGCAAAGUGUUACGCACAACAGCCUUUGCGUACCCCUACCUGUUCGACAGCAUUCCCUUGUUUUACCGACUUUUCCUGUGCUCCGGUAGUGGCUGUGCGCAGAAUGCUGCCCUCCCCAUGCACAUCUGGCAUUCUAUCUUGGCAUUCCUUACUGCUUUCCUUUUUGCCACACACCUCCCAGAACGGUUGGCCCCUGGAUGCUUUGAUUAUGUGGGUCAUAGUCACCAGCUGUUCCAUGUGUGUGGCAUCCUGGGCACUUACAUCCAGAUGGAAGUUCUGAUAAAGGACAUGAAUCUACGAAAGAAGUGGCUUAUGGACAAGGAUAACAUUCCAUCUUUCUCAAAUACUCUGGGAGCUUGGGGCCUAGGAAUGAUCAUGAGCUUUAUUGUUAUUGCCUGCUUCUCUUUGGCUCUAUACUGGAAGCCCCAGACUCAAAAGAACAAAAGGAAAAUGUGAUAUGAUCAGUACAAAACGGCAGAUUAACGAAAAUCCCAGGAGGCAUUGCACUGAUCCCCAAGGAUGGCUUUUCUUACCUGAUGUAACUGGACACUGAUUUCCAAAGUAUUUGUGACUCCAAUAGAAGCUUAGAUCACACGCCACCUACUUGUACAAACUCCUCACAACUGAAACUAACGAUAGCACCAAGAUCAUCAUUAUAAUGGCAGAUCUCUGGAAACUUCUUUUCUCCACAAAUUUUACUUUUAGGACUACACUCCAGCCUUAACAUAUACAUAUAAAUACCUCACAUGAAAAGCUGUAGCUGUAAAGAUUGAAGGAGCCACAAAGAUUAACACCAAACUGUGUUACCUGUGCUACUGUAUGCCUAUAUCGGGUCAUAGGCUACAUGGAAGUCUCUAUCAAGUAACUGAAAUUGUUCCAGGGACCUUCUGUCUCAAUGUAACCCUGACGUGCCCCAAACUAAAGAACUUUUAGACCAGUGGCUGUGAUUGAUGGCAAAGAAUACUGACUACUAAUGAAGAAAUAGGGCUGUUUUAUAUUGAAACCUAAGGCCAUAAUAUAUUAAAUAUAUUUAUUAUACA